AUGGGGCGCCUGACGGAGGCGGCGGCAGCGGGCGGCGGCGCUGCGGCGGCGCGCUCGGCGGGGCCCCCGCCCACUCCCCUUCCCCUCUCGUCCACCUCCCCCGGCUGCGCGGCCGCCAUGGCGUCCAGCGAGGAGGACGGCACCAACGGCGGCGCCUCGGAGGCCGGCGAGGAGAGGGAGGCCGCCGGCAAGAGGCGGCGCCGCGGCUGGCUGGCCACCGCCUGGCUCAUCUUCUACAACAUCGCCAUGACCGCGGGGUGGUUGGUUCUAGCUAUUGCCAUGGUACGUUUUUAUAUGGAAAAAGGAACACACAAAGGUUUAUAUAAAAGUGUUCAGAAGACGCUUAAAUUUUUCCAGACAUUUGCCUUACUUGAGAUAGUCCACUGUUUAAUUGGAAUUGUACCUACUUCUGUGAUAGUGGCUGGGGUCCAAGUGAGUUCAAGAAUCUUUAUGGUGUGGCUCGUUACUCACAGUAUAAAACCAAUCCAGAAUGAGGAGAGUGUGGUGCUCUUUCUGGUCUCGUGGACUGUGACAGAGAUAACUCGCUAUUCCUUCUACACAUUCAGUCUUCUCGACCACUUACCGUACUUCAUUAAAUGGGCCAGAUAUAAUUUUUUUAUCAUCUUAUAUCCUGUCGGAGUUGCUGGUGAACUUCUUACAAUAUACGCUGCCUUACCAUAUGUGAAGAAAACGGGAAUGUUUUCAAUAAGACUUCCUAAUAAAUACAAUAUUUCUUUUGACUACUAUUAUUUUCUUCUUAUAACCAUGGCCUCAUAUAUACCAUUGUUUCCACAACUCUAUUUUCAUAUGUUACGUCAAAGAAGAAAGGUGCUUCACGGAGAGGUGAUUGUAGAAAAGGAUGAUUAAAUGAUCCCUACACACAAGGUGCUUUUUCCAGAAUAACCAGGAUUACUUGAGUCCAAGUUUUAAUAACAAGAAUAAACAACUUCAUGAAAUAUGACAAAUUGUCUUGUUUCUUAAAAUAGAACUUGAGACACGUGCUAUUUGCCAAUAUUUCUCUUCACAUUGUGCCAGGUCCUUUUUCUACAAGAACUAUGCAAGUAUUUAUUAUCAACUCCUGGGUGGGUGAUGAUCAUUAAGAAAAUAAUUGGGAGUAUUACCUGGGGAAAAAAACUUUUUUUUUUAGUUUUACUAAAUUUUUUUGCAACAUAUGCUCAAAGCUUUUUAAAUCAAUAUUUAGAGAUUAGUUUAAUGAUUUAACAUUAUGAUCCCUGCCAGUGAUAUUUAUGUUGUGUGAUAUUUCUAAAUGAAAGUAAAUACAGACUUAUAAUAACUUGUUAAUUAUGUAUUGAUAUUUCUUGAACCCAAGAUCUAUUUCUUUCAAAUUAUAAGGCAGCAUUUUUGAUUGAUAAUUUUUGGAAGCGUGGACAUAAUUUGCUAUAUGGGAAGACUUUUGAUAUAGAUAAAGUAGCCACGUAAAAAACCCAAAAAUAUUCAAGUAGAUGUCACAAUUGGAAAAUAUUCUUUGAAAAUAUGUCUAGGCCAUUGAAAUUACUUAUACUACUAAGCACAUUUAUUUUUAUUUGAAUUAACCACUCAAGGACAACCUUUUCCGCUGUAAGGAUUUUAAGGGAUUAGAAAAAAUUUAAGUAUAUACUUUGCCUCACUUGUGAAAAAAAUAAUAAUAUUAGGUCUUAUUGUAAUGUUGUACUCAAAAAGGCUGCUCUGUACCAUGGAAUAAUCUAAUAAAAAUCAUGUUAUGAUAAUCCCUUUGUAGUACUUAGGUAACUAAAAGGUUUUGGGAUAUGAUUUGAAACAGGCUCAUUUUAUUCUGAAUUCCGUUGAAUAGCAGACCUCGCAUCCAGAUGUUUAAUAGAAAGAUACACUGAAGGUAUUGUACUGCUUUCAUUCUUAGGUAGGUCCUUUAAAAAGUUUCCCCCUUGUAUUAAGGUAUGCUGCUUGCUCCAGUUUAGAGAGAAUAUGAAAUAUGAGACUUUAAAAGAAAAGGAACUUUUUGCCUACUAUAGAUAUGUGGGUGUCAUUUUGGCUUUAAGUGUUCUGUAUUGUUUGCAUUUACAGUCAACAUGUAAAAUAACACUUCUCAAAAUUGCUUGUUUUGUGUUACCACCUUCUUUUCAACUUACUUCACGUGGAGAUUUGUAGUUCAGAAUAGUUUUGCACACUUUCAUUUUAGAUCACUUGAUUUUUAAAAGGUGCUGUUUCUUUUUUUACAUUUUAAUAUUUCCUCUGCAGCUGAAUGUUUUAACAAGCAAUAUGUAUUUGGUUACUAAUUCUCAAAGUGCUGAUGUUCAUUCUUGAUUUACAUGGCUUGAUCCAUUUUCAUCUUGAAUUUUUAUAUGGAAGAAAUUUUCAGGAAGUUUUUCUUUUUGGAAACAUAGUAUAAGAAGUUCACAUAUUUAUCUUGUUCGAUGCCUGUCUUAUAAAAAAUAUUUUAAAUCCUGUUCCUAAAAUUUGCAUUAAUUCAAUUUGUACUCCCUUCGAGCAGUUGUAAUCCUCUUUUUUUUCUUAAGUUGUGGAAUAUCUUGAAGUAGGAAUUGUGAUUAACUUUAAUAAAAAUGAAAAUGCAUCAGA